ACUCCUUCAACUAGCCAUUCCUGCAUUAUAGACAAGGAUGUGACGCUAAAAAAUGAGGUAGAGGAAAUAAAACCAUGCCAGAAGCGAUAAUCAGGGAGUCAUCAUCGACUCACUAGUAACAUUAUGGAGGAAUUGAUGCACAAGACGAUAAUCCGUGACGUCACACACCUCCCCGCCAUCAUGUCGCACUCCAUCUUCGACGCUCUGCCAGGAGCUCAGGGGCACAGCAGUAUAGCUUUAACUGACAUGAGCCAGUCUGAAGUGAGCUCCUGCCCUCUCUCAGGCGUGACCCUUGAAGGAUCCGGCAGCCUGACAGUGCAACAGUUCCUAGAGACACCUGACCUCAUUCAGAACACCAUCACCAUUGGAGGGGGACCACCCACCACCACCUCCACCCCACCGAGCCAGCAGUGUUCCCAAAUCAACACCAUCAUCAGUGAGGGAGUCACUUUGGAUGAAGAUGACUUGUUCCAGUGUGGCCGCUGCAAGAAGCAGUUUUCUUCACUGGAUUUGUUUAUGGUGCACAAGCGCCACCAAUGCUCAGGGAAAAACAGUGCGCUACGCACCAUACAGGCCAUGCAUGAUCCCACCACCAGCACAGGGGAGCAGGCCACCUUCGAGGAGGACAGCACAGCCCUCACCAGUCAGAUACACAUGCAAGUCCAGCCUCAGCAAGUUCCUGUCUCGGGUAGCUACAGUGGCUCGGGUCUGCCUUCCCCUGACGCCAUGAACCAACACAUCAUAGUCAAUGAGGGUGACCUGCUGCCCUUCACCAUUGAAACAACUCAGGUCUUACCACUGCCAGGCGGCCUCCAGACUGCCAGUUUUCUACCAGUAUCAAGUGGAGCCAAAACCCUCACCUCCACCGUGUCUCCGCUCCUUACCACCACCGCCAACAUCACCACCCCACUUGAUGUGGGUUCUACCCUGUCCUCACCCCAGACCCUCAGCACAAUGGUUGGAGGGGUGACGGAUGGCAGUGAAGGUGGUGGGGGAGAAAGUGCUGAAGGAGCUGCCACCCACAGGGAGUUAACAGGGGAGGAGAAGGAUAUAGCAUGUUAUAAUCAUGAAUUCUUCCAUGGUGGUAUGGCCAAGACCAUUUCAAGUAAAAACGAGUCCACAAAGUUAAAACCUAAACACAAGUGUAACUACUGCAACAAGGAGUUCAGCAAGAAUUUUGACCUUCGGCAACACGUACGCUCUCACACAGGGGAGAAGCCAUUCCAGUGCAUAGUGUGCGGCCGAGCAUUCACUCAGAAGAGUAAUGUGAAGAAGCACAUGGCCACUCACAAGGUCUGGCCAUCAGGCUCCCUUAGUGACACUCUGCCCAAGGACCCCAUCAUCAAAAAGCUCGUCAUGCCUGCAGAAUCCUUGGAUGGGGACUCUCAGGUGGACCAUGUGGAGGAGGUGGUAAUGAAGGAGGAAGUGCUGGUGGAUGACUCAUACAAGUGCCAGUUCUGUGAAGAUUACUCAGUGCAGAGUUACGUCAAACUGCGGACACACAUGAAGACCCAUGCCAACCAAAAGGUUUACAAGUGCAUUCAGAAAAACUGUGAGUUGUCGUUUCCUGAUCAGGAUUCUUUUCUGGAGCACAUUCACACACAUAAUGAAGACCAAGAUCUCCAGUACCGCUGCCACUUCUGUUCCAAAGUGUUCAAUGCCCUGGACAAGCUGAGCCACCACCAGCAUGAGCAGCACUCCACCUACCCACAGGCCAAAAAGACAGUUGGGCCAAGCUAUUUCCGGUGUACAAAAUGCAUGAACAAGUAUGCGAGUGCUGAGGCCCUGGAGCAUCAUCUGCGCACCUCCUCUCACCACUACCCAUGUAGGCAGUGCGGCAAAGUGUUUACAUCCGAACGUCUGCUGCGCCGCCACCUCCACAGCCACGGCACAGUCAACCUCUUUCCUUGUAGUGAAUGCUCCAAGGAAUUUAAGUCUGAAUAUUCCUUGAAAUUGCAUCAGCUAAUACACACAGGAGAGAAACCCUUUGAGUGUCCCCUGUGCAAGACUGCCUUUAACCGCAGGGACAAACUGAAGCGUCACAUGUUAAUACAUGAAUCCAAGAAAAUCCCAUGUCCCUUUGGCUGCCUCAGGGAAUUCAGCAGACCAGACAAACUCCGUGUCCAUGUGAUGACGCAUGUUGGUGGGCGAGGCAAGCGGGGCCGAGGGCGAGGCCGGGGCUCCACCUCAGCGAGUCGGGGCGAGCGAACCAUAAAAGUUGAAGUUGUAUCACAAGAGGACACCAGGUGUUCUUCCUGUGAUCAGGUUAUCGAGGCUGGUGAGGAGGACAGCCAUAGGUGCAUAAUAGUCAAGAAUGAACCCAGUAGAGAGAGUGGUGGUGAGGAAGGGGAGGAGAGUGCCAUGACAGGCAGUGCAGGGCGAGCCAGGCCACUGAGGCAGGCAGUAGUGCGUCGCACACGUGAGCAGUCCAAUGUGCGGCGAGGCGGCCGAAGGAAACGGGGAGCCCUGACUAAUUCCAACAGGCAACCAGAGCAGCAGCAGGAGCAGCAGGUGGAGAGUCCCCUGGUGCAACAGCAGCAGGAUGAGCAGCAAAAGGAGGGGCAGGAACAAAUUGUGAAAGUGUCAGUGUCACCUUCCCAGGAGGUGGAAGUGCAGGAGCAUCAUCUGCUAGACCUGCCAGUUGGGGAGGGUGACAUGGAGGGAGACACCCAGAAUGUGGAGAUAAUCUACAUCCCUUUCUCUUUGCCCCUGUCACGGCCCUUCCAGGCUGAAAUCAUGAGGGCCAUGUCAAAUGAUGAUGAAGCGGCCACCAUCUCUGGUGAGAUGCUGGAGGGUGGCCCCACCAUUACCCUGGAUGGCACCACCUCCUCCCUGCUGGUGGGCAAUGGCACCAUGAUGCCCAUGGUCAGCCCUAACUCUGUGGAUUCCCUGGACACCACUAUCCUUAAGAGUUCCUCAGACCUUCAGGUGAUCUACAGCCCUACCACAGCCCAGCAGGCAGGGGACAACACUACACACCUAGUGGAUGCCUCAGCACUCACUGGCAACCACCUCCAUGAUGGCCAGCUGGGGCAAGAAGCCACCUUGGAGGAGUCUCAGCUGUCUUCAAACCAUCUCACUCAUCUCAGCAUCAUCUCCAACCAAACUUGAUAUGAUAUGCAAUAGAUAACAUAUGUGUAGGUAAGGAAUUUUUUAUGAAAUGUUCAUAAACUUUGUGUACUCAUAAUGUAAUAAUGGUAAUAAUAAUUAAACUGCUACAGUGCAGGUCAGUGA